CAUUCCCCUCUCCACUCCCGGCCCCUCCAUCCCUUUCGGAAGAGGAAGGAACAAAGGUCCCGGACCCCCCCGGGCUCUUGACGGGGCGGGACCCGGAGCCUCGGUCCAGGUUAGAUUAAGGAGGAUAUUUUCUUAGAGUGGACCACGGCUUUUGGUAAGAACAUGUCGUCCAUCUUGCCAUUCACUCCACCAGUUGUGAAGAGACUGUUGGGAUGGAAGAAGUCAGCUGGUGGAUCUGGAGGAGCUGGUGGAGGAGAGCAGAAUGGACAGGAAGAAAAGUGGUGUGAGAAAGCAGUUAAAAGUUUGGUGAAGAAGCUGAAGAAAACAGGACGAUUAGAUGAGCUUGAGAAAGCCAUCACCACUCAGAAUUGUAAUACUAAAUGUGUUACCAUACCAAGCACUUGCUCUGAAAUUUGGGGACUGAGUACACCAAAUACGAUAGAUCAGUGGGAUACAACAGGCCUUUACAGCUUCUCUGAACAAACCAGGUCUCUAGAUGGUCGUCUUCAGGUGUCCCAUCGAAAAGGACUGCCUCAUGUAAUAUAUUGCCGAUUAUGGCGCUGGCCUGAUCUUCACAGUCAUCAUGAACUCAAAGCAAUUGAAAACUGCGAAUAUGCUUUUAAUCUUAAAAAGGAUGAAGUAUGUGUAAACCCUUACCACUAUCAGAGAGUUGAGACACCAGUUUUGCCCCCGGUGUUGGUGCCCCGGCACACUGAGAUCCUAACAGAACUGCCCCCCCUGGAUGACUAUACCCACUCCAUUCCAGAAAACACUAACUUCCCAGCAGGAAUUGAGCCACAGAGUAAUUAUAUCCCAGAAACGCCACCUCCUGGAUAUAUCAGUGAAGAUGGAGAAACAAGCGAUCAGCAGCUGAACCAAAGCAUGGACACAGGAUCUCCAGCAGAAUUAUCUCCUACGACUCUUUCCCCUGUUAAUCAUAGUUUGGACUUGCAGCCAGUUACUUACUCAGAGCCUGCAUUUUGGUGUUCAAUAGCAUAUUAUGAAUUAAACCAGAGGGUUGGAGAGACCUUCCAUGCCUCACAGCCCUCACUCACCGUAGACGGCUUCACAGAUCCAUCAAAUUCUGAGAGGUUCUGCCUAGGUUUACUCUCCAACGUAAACAGAAAUGCUACGGUAGAAAUGACAAGAAGACAUAUAGGAAGAGGAGUGCGCUUAUAUUACAUAGGUGGGGAAGUUUUUGCCGAGUGCCUAAGUGAUAGUGCAAUCUUUGUGCAGAGCCCCAACUGUAAUCAGAGAUACGGCUGGCACCCUGCAACCGUGUGUAAAAUUCCACCAGGCUGUAAUCUGAAGAUCUUCAACAACCAGGAAUUUGCUGCUCUGCUGGCUCAGUCCGUUAAUCAGGGUUUUGAAGCCGUGUAUCAGCUAACUAGAAUGUGCACCAUAAGAAUGAGUUUUGUGAAAGGGUGGGGAGCAGAAUACCGAAGGCAGACGGUAACAAGCACUCCUUGCUGGAUUGAACUUCAUCUGAAUGGACCUCUACAGUGGUUGGACAAAGUAUUAACUCAGAUGGGAUCCCCUUCAGUGCGUUGCUCAAGCAUGUCAUAAAGCUUCAUCACCAAUCAAGUCCCAUCAAAAGACUUAAUGUACCAACUCUUCUGUCAUAGUAUUUGUGUGUGGUCCCCGUGGACUGUUUACUAUCCAAAAAUUCAAGAGAAAACAGCACUUGAGGUCUCAUCAAUUAAAGCACCUUGUGGAAUUGGUUUCCUAUGUUCGAAUAUUAGAUGGGAAAAUUAAUGUCUAGAAAUACUCUCCCGUAAAGGAGGAAGAGAAGAUUUUAAAGACUUUCUGAUGUCUUGUUGGGCAUAAAACUGAGUGUCCCAAAGGUUUAUUAAUAACAGUAGUAGUUAUGUGUACAGGUAAUGUAUCAUGAUCCAGUAUCACAGUAUUGUGCUGUUUAUAUACAUUUUUAGUUUGCAUAAAUUAGGUGUGUGUGUGCUGCUUCUUGAUUUAGGCAAGCCUUUAUAAAGUUACAGUACCUAAUCUGUUAUUCCCACUUUUUUGUUAUUUUUGUGUGUCUUUUUUAAUAUAUAAUAUAUAUCAAGAUUUUCAAAUUAUCAUUUAGAAGCAGA